UCAUCAGCCGGUGACUGAUUGACGUUUUGUGAAUUUCGAGUUCAUAUUUGGGAAUUGUAUUAAAUGUGUUGUACCUGAAUUUCUUUACGCUUUUUUCAUUUUCUCAUCAGAUAUGUUAACAAAGUUUGAAACUAAGUCAGCCAGAGUGAAAGGUAUAUCAUUUCAUGCCAAACGACCAUGGGUGCUGGCAAGUUUGCACAAUGGUGUAAUUCAACUAUGGGACUACCGUAUGUGUACAUUGUUAGAGAAAUUUGAUGAACACGACGGUCCUGUACGUGGCAUUUGCUUCCACAUCCAACAGCCUUUAUUUGUGUCAGGUGGAGAUGAUUACAAGAUCAAGAUAUGGAACUAUAAGCAACGACGAUGUUUGUUCACAUUGCUUGGGCAUUUAGACUAUAUCCGGACAACAUUUUUCCAUCAUGAAUAUCCUUGGAUUUUGAGUGCUUCUGAUGAUCAGACUAUUAGGAUAUGGAACUGGCAAUCACGACAAUGUAUCAGUGUACUUACUGGUCACAAUCACUAUGUUAUGUGUGCCCAAUUCCAUCCCACGGAAGAUCUAUUGGUAUCUGCAUCGUUGGAUCAGUCUGUACGUGUUUGGGACUUCUCAGGCUUGAGGAAAAAGAGUGUAGCUCCUGGUCCCUCGGGUUUGGCUGAUCAUCUGAGGAAUCCGCAAGCGACUGAUUUAUUUGGACAAGCUGAUGCAGUUGUAAAGCAUGUGUUGGAAGGCCAUGACCGUGGUGUGAAUUGGGCAUCUUUUCAUCCUACAUUGCCGCUGAUUGUGUCCGCCGCUGAUGAUAGACAGGUUAAGCUGUGGAGGAUGAAUGACGCUAAGGCUUGGGAGGUUGACACCUGCCGAGGACAUUAUAACAACGUGUCAUGCGCGUUGUUUCACGCGCGCCACGAGCUCAUCCUAUCCAACAGCGAGGACAAGUCCAUCCGGGUAUGGGACAUGACCAAACGGACUUGUUUGCACACGUUCCGCAGGGAAAAUGAGAGAUACUGGGUUCUUACGUCCCACCCAACUUUGAACCUCUUCGCGGCUGGCCAUGACGCCGGCAUGAUAUUAUUCAAGUUACAGCGAGAGCGGCCCGCGUACGCGGUCCAUAACAACAUGCUGUUUUACAUAAAGGACAGACAAUUGCGAAAACUGGAUAUGCAGAGCAAUCGCGACGCGCCUGUAAUGCAGAUCAAGGGUGGUGGACGUAACCAACCUUACAGCAUGUCGCUGAACCACGCGGAGUGGUGCGUGCUGGUGACUUGGCGCGUGGGGGACAGCAGCUCGUACGAGCUGUAUCAGGCGCCGCGUGAGGGCCGCGAGGCUGCCGACUCUCAGCCAGAGCCCGCGCGGGCCUCCGCCACCAGCGCCGUCUGGGUUGCCAGGAACCGCUUCGCCGCGCUUGAGAAGAACAACCAGCUGGUGAUAAAGAACUUAAAGAAUGAAGUCUCCAAAAAGAUUUCGACCCCGACAUGCGAGGAGAUCAUGUACGCAGGCACCGGAAUGCUGUUGCUCCGCGAACCUGAGUGUGUUCAACUACUCGAUGUGCAGCAGAAGAGGACUAUUGCCAGCGUGAAAGUAGCAAAAUGCCGCUACGCCAUUUGGAAUUCAGACAUGUCUCUAGUGGCUUUGCUCGGCAAACACACAGUCACCCUGUGUACCAAGAAGUUGGAACAGCUGUGCAGCAUUACAGAAGGUGCCAGAGUCAAGUCUGGUGCGUUUGAUGACUCCACGCCCCAGCCAGUGUUCAUAUACACCACAACUAAUCAUAUCAAAUACUGCUGUAAGGAUGGCGACUACGGUAUAAUCCGCACACUGGACGUGCCCGUGUACGCGGUGAAGGUGGUGGCCUCUGACACCGGCGCUAGAGUGGUUUGUCUCGACCGGGAAUGCCGACCGAAAGUGCUCAGUAUCGAUCCUACCGAGUACAGGUUUAAGCUGGCCUUGGUGACUCGUCAGUACGACCAGGUACUUCACAUGGUGCGAACUGCCAAGCUCGUCGGCCAAAGUAUCAUCGCAUACCUCCAGGAAAAAGGCUAUCCAGAAGUUGCUUUGCACUUUGUAAAAGACUCCCGUACGAGGCUCUCCCUAGCGUUGCAAUGUGGCAACAUCGAGGUUGCACUAGAAGCUGCCAAGAGUCUUGACGAACCGGACGCCUGGGAUAAACUCGCUAAUGCGGCCCUAGCGACUGGUAACCAUCAAAUCGUGGAGAUGUGUUACCAACGUACCAAGAACUUUGACAAGCUCUCGUUCUUGUAUUUAAUCACGGGCAAUUUAGAGAAGCUGCGCAAAAUGAUGAAGAUUGCAGAGAUACGUAAAGAUGUCUCUGCACAGUUUCAGGGUGCAUUGUUACUUGGUGAUGUAAAAGAGAGAAUAAGACUUUUGAGAAAUGCUGGACAGCUAUCUCUAGCAUAUCUAACUGCUAUUAACCAUAAACAAGUGGAAGAAGCCGAGCAGUUAAAGGUGGCACUAGAGGCAGCAGGUUUGGCUGUGCCUGCGGGUCCGGCUGAUGAUGGGAAGGGGGUGAUCUUGCGCCCUCCGCUACCUGUGCACGGAGCUCAUCAUAACUGGCCGCUACUAGCAGUCUCCAAGAGCUUCUUCGAAGUGGCGGGUGGAGCCCGCGCCGGGGCGGAGGCCGGCGGCGCGGUGGCGGCCGCGGCGGCCGGGGACGAGCCGCUCGAGGCCGCCGGCGCCUGGGGCGACGACGACGACGUGCUCGACGACAAGGAUGUGUUGGAAGGCGAAGAUGUGGUUCCGGAAGGCGGAUCAGACGGUGGUUGGGACGUCGGUGACGAGGAUCUGGAACUGCCAGAGGAACUUGCACCCGUUUCUGCGGACAUAGACGGCGGUGAUGAGACGGCGUACUUCGUGGCUCCGACUCGAGGCUCUGCGGCCGCACUGUCUCCGCGCUUGCGAACCGCACACGACCACAUUGCCACCGGACAGUUCGAGAUCGCAUUCAGAUUGCUCAAUGAGCAAGUGGGCAUCGUGAACUUCACUCCGUACACCGAGCAGUUCUUGAACAUGUUCGGCGCGGCGCGGAUGUGGUACGGCGGACUGACGAGCGUCCCGCCGUUGCCCGCGCUUCUACAUCGCAACUGGAAGGAGGCCAGCGGGAAGGAUCUAUUGCCAGUGCUCACUGCGAAACUGAACGACUUAGUGACACUGUUGCAACAAUGCUACCAGCUAACCACCGCCGGCAAGUUCACUGACGCCAUCGAGCGGCUGCAGCGCGUCGCCCAGAGCGUGCCACUACUACACGUCGAUACCAAAACUGAGCUGACUGAAGCGCAACAACUGCUUAAUAUAUGUAAAGAGUAUCUGCUCGGUCUUCAAAUGGAAACUGCUAGAAAAGCUAUGCCUAAAAACACACUAGACGAACAGAAACGGACAUGCGAAAUGGCGGCAUACUUCACACACUGCAAACUGCAACCUGUGCACCAGAUACUGACCCUGCGGACGGCCCUUAACAUGUUCUUCAAGCUGAAAAACUUCCGCACGGCAGCAUCCUUCGCUAGACGACUCCUAGAACUAGGUCCUCGGCCCGAAGUCGCUCAGCAAGCCAGAAAAAUACUUCAAGCAUGCGAGAAAACACCUACAGACGAACACCAACUGUUGUAUGAUGAACAUAAUCCAUUUACAAUCUGUGGCAUCAGUUAUAAGCCUAUAUAUAGAGGAAAGCCUGAAGAAAAGUGCCCAUUGUGCGGUGCUAGUUACUUGCCAGAACAUAAGGGUAAACUCUGCCAAGUUUGUGGUGUGGCAGAGAUAGGGAAAGACGUGUUAGGACUCAGAAUCUGUCCAUUACAGUUCCAGAGAUAAAUUUAACUAUGUAAUUAUUAUGAUUUUUAUUGAUUAUGAAAUUAUUAUGUAAGAGCUAAUAUAAUAUAGAAUAAAGUUGUA